CUUUUGAUCACGUUCUCGAAGGGAGGGAAUGGUACGGCAGAUGGAGUGACGAACUGCCGAAGAGAAUCGUUCAACGACAUGUGUAGGUUUUAUGUACACCAUGAGUCAUGGCAUACAGAAGACCGUAUAUAUCCAACUAUAAAAGGUAAAAAUGUACCUGUCACACCACUGCCAACCCACAACACCAUUUGCUUGUCACUUCCUCCCCAACCUACGCCCAUAAUGAAACUCUCAGUCUUCCCCACCCUUCUCCUUCAGCUCCCCCUAAUCUCCGCCCAAGAACCCUGCGACUCCCUCUGUCAAACCGCCUACAAAGCCGCCCAUGCCUCAGACACAAGUAACUGGGUAACUCAAAACCUCACAACCGACGACCCGUUCUACAGCACCCCGUCAAACACGACCUCCCUACCCCCAGGAACCCUGCUCCGCUACGAGUCUCUCCCCCGCUCGAUAGUAAACACCCAAUACGCCAUCCCACCAGGUCUAACGCUGUCCCGUCUACUCUACACAACAGAAGAUAUAGACAGGAAACCUAUCCCAGCUACAGCGUUUAUUCUCUUACCGUACCACUCCCAAUCCCCCGACUCGGCAAACAAGACCUUGAAAACGGUAGUAUGGACCCACGGCACCGCUGGCCGCCUCCGCGAGUGCACGCCCCUCAAUAACCGCAACUUAUGGUACGAAUGGCAAGGGCCCUACGCGCUCGCGCAGCAAGGCUACGCGGUCAUUGUGCCAGACUACGCGGGCCAAGGGUCAGAUAUCCCGCAGGGGUUCAUGUAUGAAGCCGGCUACCUGCACGCCGCGGAUGCAGCGUACAGUUUGGUCGCUGCGAGAGCGGUACUUGGGAGUUUGUUGUCCGAGGAGUAUGUUGUCGUGGGGCACAGCGAGGGGGGCAUGACAGCGUGGCGGACGAACGAACGACUCGCCAUGCCUGGACAAGAAGAGUUAUUGAAAGCCGGCAAGUUCUUAGGGGCCGUGGCGGAGGCGCCUGCGUUGCGGCCUUUGGAUUUGAUUCCCGAGUCUGUGAGACGCGCGGAUGGAGGGGCUGUUGGGGAUGCGGUGUCGGUGCUUUUUUUGCAGAGUCUGGCGGGGUUGUUUCCGGGACAGUUCAAGAUCGAGGAUUGGGUUACUGAUGUUGUGCUCGGGAGGCUCGCGUUGGCGGAUACGGGGUGUCUUGGAGUAGCGAGGGCGUUAUUCGGAAAUCUGACGGCAAAGGAGCUGUUCAAAAGCUUGGAUUGGUUGAAGCUGCCUGUGGUUGUGGAUUGGCAGAAGAGGUAUAAUGGAGCAGGAAUGCAUCCACUUGCGGCGCCGAUGCUGGUUGUUCAGGGUAAGGCGGAUAUCUUGACGUAUGCUAAUAAUACGGAGUGGGACUUUAAUCAGACGUGCGAGACAAAUCCGGAGAGCGCUGCUGAGCUGCUUUUGUAUCCUGAGGCGGAUCACGACAUGGCGGCGCUGAUAUCGCAGCCGGAUUUCAUGGAGUGGAUUCGUAAUCGGUUUGAUGGAAAACCCGUCGAGAAAGGGUGUAGAACUAGGACUCUGGAGCGUAUUACGGAUAACUUCAAGAGCGUGGCUGCUUUUUAUGGAUCGGUUGCUGGGUAG